GAACAUCGAUUGAUUCCUUCUAUACAGCUGUUUCUGUUCUGUACGGCUUCCAUUCUAAACCCUGAUCUCUCUGGUGUAGCUAACCCCAUAGACUGUCAGACACACAGUAAUGGCGACAUUCCAGGAAGCACCACCGGGCGAUUCAAAGACAGGAGAAAAGAUAUUCAAGACCAAGUGUGCCCAAUGCCACACCGUCGACAAAGGUGCCGGCCAUAAACAAGGACCUAAUUUGAAUGGCCUUUUUGGGAGGCAAUCUGGAACUACCCCUGGUUAUUCAUAUUCUGCUGCUAACAAGAAUAUGGCUGUAAUUUGGGGCGAGAACACACUGUAUGAAUACUUGCUUAACCCUAAAAAGUAUAUCCCUGGAACUAAGAUGGUCUUCCCUGGUCUGAAGAAGCCGCAGGAUCGGGCAGACCUCAUUGCCUAUCUAAAAGAAUCAACUGCCUGAUCCUUUUUGUUUGGUACAAGGCUAUAAUGGCUGAAUUCAAUGAGUUUGGUAAACAGUUUUUAUUUGGAAAAUUUUCAAUUUUUGAGCUAGAAGAAAUAAACUUUCUUGCAAUAAAACAUGUAGGCUCUAAAAAUAGCUUUUUAUUUUUCAGAGUCGGUGGACUAAGCAAAUAGAAGUUUUGAGGCAUUUGAAGAUCAUGAUUUUUUUUCCUCCGAAAUUGUGAUACGUCAUCUUGUUAAUCACUUCUUAUUGAAUCUGAAGUCAUGUUUUGGCUUUUCUUGUAUUUUAACAACUGGAUUAGCAUGCAAUGUUUUUUUGUAUCUAGAUAUGUUAGUAUUGUUUUCUUAUGCAUGAAGGUUAUUUGUGAAUCUAGCA